AGUUAUUUAUACAAUUGACAGAAGCUUUAAAAACAAGCCUUUGGGGCAUUCCCCCCUCCCCCACAUUGUAACUGGCAUACCACCCAAAGUAAGCAAAAGUAUUUUGAGGAGUUUAAGCAACCACUUACUGAGCAACUCCAUCGUGCUGGAACAAUGCUAAGCAUCGAGGUAUUAGGCAAAUGCUAUAGGAACACUUAAGUAUUUGCUCAAAUUAUUUUAAAAUGUUGGAUUAUUAGAUGACAACAAGUAAAAUCCAGGAUCUACAAAUUAUUACAUUGCUUUGGUUAGUGAGAUUUUCAUCAUUUUUGUAUUUUCCCAUAUCUACACCAGAGUAUGUUUGACCAAUUAUCAGUUACAAAGACUGUUUCUGUUCGGUUGUUGUUGUUUCUCAAACAGGGAUUUGUCUGAGGGUGACAUACAUUUUCUAGAAGAAAAAUGUCUCAAGAGGAUGAUCACUUUUCCUUUUUUAAAUAGACCGAAUGACUUUUAUUAAUAUACACAUAAAGUUAUUGAAAUGGUGAUUUCAUGUAGUUUUGUCUUUAAAGAUGGCACUUGCAGGUACAAAGAUGCAGAGAUGUCUACAGCCUUCAGAUGUUUACUUGAAGAGAUUCAACAGCAGUUUGAUAGUGGGUUUCCUCACCUUGCUGAAGAUUCACAAAUUCUCUGUAAUCACACUGAUGUCUUUGAUUUAAGUAACUAAAAAAAAUUCUAGUAAUCUGGCUAGGAUCUGCCCAGCUAAGAGAUAUGCAAAGAGGACAUGUCACAGGAACUAUCUGAAAUAAGUGAUUGCUAUUACAGUAAUCCAGUAAAUGCUGUCUGGUAAAAUUUGAUUUUUGACACAAGUUACAAUUAAAAGUGGGAAGCCCAGAAGGAUUUGUAUUCUCUUUUUCUGUAGUUGUUUUUAAAGUAUUCUCUGCAUCCAGUGUGGGGCUCGAAUUCACAGUCCUGAGAUCAAGAGUUGCGUGCUCUACCAACUGAGCCAGCCAGGUGCCCCUGGACUUGUGUGCACUGGAUAAGUUUCUUUGUUAUCAGAUGUGGAUGUUUCACUCAUACUGCUCCUUGAAUAAUUUUGAGAGAUCUGGAAGUUUGGAAUAAUAGAGGGGACACCAUAUUCAUCUGGAUAUUUCUUACAAGACUUAUAAUAAUGUCUAAUGCAAUAGAAUUUAAUCUGUUUUGCACAGCAUCUGUAGCUACCAGAAUUCAGAUGUAUUUUGAUGUAUUUCUACUGGAAAGAGAAUAAAAGUUACUUCCUAAAGGAUACUAGCUUUGUGUGUGUGUGUGUGUGUGUGUGUGUGUGUGUGUGUGUGUGUAGUUAACAUUAACAGAUCCUUUAUGAAGCAGCUGCUUGGAAUGACAAAAGAUAAUCCCUUUAACAGCUGUUGUUGUCAAUUGGGUAGAAUUAGAGCAUGACCUUUUUAGAACCCAAUGAAAAUAUAGCAACUUUAAAUUUAUCUCUUGUGUUGCCAUUAUUAAACCUAUUGAGAGGGAGAGUAGUGUGUUAGUUAAGACCGAGGCACAGGCUUUGAAUUUUGGCCCCCCACUCUCUCUACCUGUUACCACAUCUUUAAAAUGGAAGGAACGAUUGGUCUCAUAGCUUUGUGGUGAGGAUUAAAUGAGAUCAUGGUAAAGUACUUCCUCCCUCAGUAUAUGCUGUUCAUAUAUGAGGUGCUUGGUGUAUGCUAUUCAAAUGAUAACUUACAUAAUCAUAGCAAAAAAUUCCUUUUUUCCAGACAUCCAGAAAUAUAUUCCAUGCUAUCAGCUCUUUAGCUUUUAUAAUUCUUCUGGUGAAUUAAAUGAGCAAGCACUGAAGAAAAUAUUAUCAAGUGUCAAAAAGGCUGUGGUUGGUUGGUACAAAUUCCGACGUCAUUCAGACCAGAUCAUGACAUUUAGAGAGAGACUGCUUCAUAAAAACUUACAGAAGCAUCUUUCAAGCCGGGAACUGGUUUUUCUGCUGUUAACACCAAGUAUAAUAACAGAAAGCUGCUCUACUCAUCGGCUGGAGCAUGCCUUAUAUAAACCUCAGAAGGGACUUUUUCACAGGAUACCAUUAGUGGUGGCCAAUCUGGGCAUGUCUGAACAACUGGGUUAUAAAACCGUAUCAGGUUCCUGUGAGUCCACUGGUUUUAGCCGAGCAAUAAAAACACACAGCUCUGAAUUUUUUAAAGAAGAUGGAUCUUUAAAGGAGGUACAUAAAAUAAAUGAAAUGUAUGCUUCUUUACAAGAGGAAUUAAAGAGUAUAUGCAAAAAAGUAGAACACAGUGAGCGAGCAGUAGAGAAACUACUAAAGGAUGUACACAGAUUGAAAUGGGAAAUUAAAAAAAGAAAACAGGCACAAAUUCAAGUAGCACGGGAGACCGUCGAAAAAGACCCUCAGGAGAACAUUUUUCUUUGCGAAGCUUUACGGACCUUUUUUCCAGAUUGCGAAUUUCUUCAUUCAUGUGUUAUCUCUUUGAAAAAUAGGCAUAUUUCUAAAAGUAGCUGUACUGCCAACCACCAUCUUGAUGUGAUAGACAACCUGACCUUAAUGGUAGAAUACACCGACAUUCCUGAAGCUAGUCCAGCUAGCAGUACACUGCAAAUGAUUAAACAUAAAGCUUUAGAUACUGAUGAUGGAUGGCAGUUCAAGAAGUCACGGCUGUUAGAGACACAAAACAAACCAUCUAAAACAGAUACUGAUAGUAGUAAUCAAGAAAAAGCAUAUACAUUGAGCAGCCCUGAAACAGAUGAAGAGAUUGAAAGAAUGAAGGGUUCUGGUGAAUAUCCACAGUCUCCUACAUUUUGAUCUUUUUAGGCCAAAAGGAGAGCUUUGAUUGGCUGAAGGGUAAAGCCAGACAUUUAUAUUGUCUUUACUAUGUUCAGCAAUUUGCAGUAAUACAUAAGUUCUAGUGCAUUUAUUUUUUAAGGCACUUUAUUUUAAAACCAUAACGUUUUUCUGCCCCCCAGAAUCUUUCUUUUGAAAGAUUUUAUUUUUAACUAAUCUCCUACACCCAGCAAGGAGCUUGAACUCACAACCCCAAGAUCAGGAGUCACACACUCCACUGACCAAGCCAGCCGGGUGCCCCUUUUACAAAACUGUUGAGGGAAAGGCUUAAUUUAAGUAGAUGGUUCUUUUAAACUUAUAUAGCAUACUUUAGAAUUGGAAAAGAAAGACUAGCAUUAGAACACAAUAGAAGAAGAUGUCUAAAAAUAUGAAGAGGUAUUUCAUUUUAAGUCAUUACAGUUUCUACUCCUUAAGUUAUAGGUGGCUAGGGUUGCCAGAUAAAACGCUGGAAACAUGCAAUAUUAGGGACAUUCAUUAAAAAAUUAUUCAUUGGUUAUCUGAAAUUCAAAUUUAAUUGCAUGUCCUAUAUUUUUAUUUGCUAAAUCUGGCAGUUCUGAUUAUGGCACAACUAAAAUACAGCACAAAUAAUCUCUUCCUAGUCUAGAGUCCUCUACACAAAAUUGAGUGAAUCCAGUACUUGAGUACAGGACAAGUCUGGUAAUGGUGUGUCUGAGGUCAGUAGCUGGUCAAGUAGCUAGAAACACCAGUUAAAGUAGGAACCAAAAAUGGUGCAUAUGUGUAUAUGUAUUUAUAUAUACAUGUCUAUCGCAGAUUUCAUUUUAACAUAAAGUGGAGUUGUACAUUCAUUUUGUCAA